CAGCAAGCUCCGCUCCACCUAACGGGAAGCAACGACGGCCGAUUAAUCCUAAAGGGGGAAAAGGGUGAAAGGCGAGAGGAAAACGCAAAAAAUUGUCUUCGCCUCUCAGCCUCCAGCCACAAUGAUCCACAGCCUGUUCUUAGUGAACGCCUCAGGGGACAUUUUCCUGGAGAAGCACUGGAAGAGCGUGGUCAGCCGCUCUGUGUGUGACUACUUCUUUGAGGCCCAGGAACGUGCCACUGAGCCAGAGAACGUCCCGCCAGUGAUCCCCACACCGCAUCACUACCUUAUCAGUGUGCUUAGGCAUCGCAUCUACUUCGUUGCAGUCAUCCAGAGUGAGGUGCCACCGCUGUUUGUCAUUGAGUUCCUGCACAGAGUCGUCGACACGUUCCAGGACUAUUUUGGAGUGUGUACAGAGGCUGCUAUUAAGGACAAUGUGGUAGUGGUCUAUGAACUACUGGAGGAGAUGCUGGAUAACGGCUUUCCGCUGGCCACAGAGUCUAACAUCCUCAAAGAGCUCAUUAAGCCUCCCACCAUCCUCCGCACAAUGGUCAACACCAUCACAGGCAGCACCAAUGUUGGUGAACAGCUCCCUACAGGCCAGCUGUCAGUGGUUCCAUGGAGACGCACCGGAGUCAAAUACACCAACAACGAAGCGUAUUUUGACGUGGUGGAGGAAAUCGAUGCUAUCAUCGAUAAAUCAGGCUCCACCAUUACAGCAGAAAUUCAGGGAGUUAUUGAUGCCUGUGUAAAACUGACUGGCAUGCCCGACCUCACUCUCUCAUUUAUGAAUCCUCGGCUUCUGGAUGAUGUCAGCUUCCACCCGUGUGUUCGGUUCAAGCGCUGGGAAGCUGAGCGGAUCCUCUCCUUCAUCCCCCCUGAUGGCAACUUCCGGUUGCUCUCCUACCACGUCAGCUCUCAGAACCUGGUGGCGAUCCCAGUGUAUGUCAAACACAACAUCACCUUCCGGGAGGGAAGCUCCCAGGGGCGUUUUGACUUGACCCUGGGACCCAAACAGACCAUGGGCAAGGCUGUGGAGUCAGUUCUAGUCAGCAGCCAGCUGCCACGGGGUGUCCUCAACGCCAACCUCAACCCCUCCCAGGGAACCUACACCUUUGACCCAGUCACAAAGAUGUUGUCAUGGGAUGUUGGUAAGAUCAACCCACAGAAGCUUCCCAGUUUGAAAGGCACCAUGAGCCUGCAGGCCGGGGCCUCCAAACCUGACGAGAACCCCACCAUCAACAUCCAGUUCAAAAUCCAACAGAUGGCCAUUUCAGGGCUGAAGGUGAAUCGACUGGACAUGUACGGUGAGAAGUAUAAACCUUUCAAAGGCAUCAAGUACAUGACGAAGGCUGGCAAGUUCCAGGUGCGGACAUAAAGACUGCUGCUCUGUGACUACUGGACCAAACCACCAUGAGACUGAGGGGUGAUCUGAUGGGGAAAGGGGAGUUGGCACAUUCCCUGUGUAUAUGCAUUUCAGGAUUUACCUACAAAUAUUGGAGGCUCCUUGUAGCAGUUGAGAAUGGACCAUUGCACAUAGAAACCUCUGUUGAAGUAACCGCUUCAAAUGUCCAGUAAACUGGUUAGAGCUUUGAUGGAGUCUGUAGAGUUUGAACCAAGUGUAAUAAAGCAUUCCCAUCUCUGUCCAAACCGAACCCAGGCCAAACCCACCUGAUCCCAAUAUAUAUGUCUGACAUAUACUGUUAACAGCAUUUUCACUGAUGAUUUGAAUCCUGAGGCCAAACCAAACCCAAGCAGCUACAUAAGAAGUGCCAGUUUGUGUCAGUUCAGGCUCCAUCAAGUUCAGAUAUACAUUUCAAGCUCCAAGAACCAAACAAACAGGCCUCCAUCUGAUGCUGUGCAGUUUCAGCUCUGGGUAUCAGGUUUGAAAGUGAUCUGCUCUCCACCUUUCCAGACAGUAUUUCGGUGUCCAUGGCAUGUUUGUUGGGGAUAGAUGUGUGCCAGGUGACUGUUUUUCACACUCAAAACAAGGAUAUUUAGUAAAUAGCUAAUCAAAAUAAUGCCCCCAAAAUAAUACAUUAUGAUAGCAUGAGCUGUAAAGAAUGACAGAAAUUCAGUGUUUUUCCAUGUCAAGGUGCCUCUGCAAGAUAAAACUGUAGCUUUGUCUAACAGCACAGUAGGACAUCAAACUGAGUCAAGAAACUAGUGGCAGUCGAUCGGGUGGAUAUGCUGUGACAGCCUUUACUUCAUUUUUGCAAAACAUGCUCCUAAAUGUUGUAGAACACGGUGCGACGUUACUUUUCUCUGAUCCUGCAACCUCCCAAUGAACAUGGAUGUCACUGUAUUUCUUGUCCUCCUCCUUCUUCUCCUGUCCAAUUUUUCUGAUGCCCUUUCUGCCAUUCCUCUGUUUGCUUUUCUGUUCGUUCUGUUUCUGUGCUCCUCUUCUCCUUGUUGCAAUUAUUAGAUGGUUUUGUCUGCAGCACUGGAGUCAGCACACUGACAUGUGAGAAUGUGACACUGGAGCCGUCCUCAAUCAUGCACUUUCACAUCUGCUAGUACUAACAUUUCCUUUUGAUGCAGGUAAGAUGGAUGUAGACUCAAGCUGUUUAUUACAAUGAAGGUUUCUGGGAAAAUUUCAGGUACACGUUCACCUGUUUUAUUCAACAUGAAUUAUUAUUUAUUAAACAAAACAAAGGAUCCAAUUGCAAGAGUAAUGUCCUGUGUGCAACGUUUCCAUUUCUGCAUACUGUCAUUGAAGCUUGUUAUUUAACAAGAUGAUGACCAAACAGUACGGGGAAAAAGAUGCUUGAUUCCCUCAAUUUGCUGCUAAAUACUGUGUCCAAAUUAUCCAAAAAGAUUUUCUCAGUACAGCUACCGUCAGGGAAACUGUGUAAUGUGCAUCUCGAGACCUAAUUAACAACUCAAAUGAAAAGAAUAUAUUCAACUCUGUAUUAUGGUAUAAUGGCGAGGUACCUCAGAAGAAAUGUUGACGGUUUGUAUUUUGUGUGUGUUUGUUAAGACAGCCUCCAAUGGAGUGUUAUAAUGGUGUAAAAAUAAAGAUUU